GGGCAACAUCGCGAGGUCGAGAACGCGCUUGUUUCUCGCCUCGCUACUAUCGAGGCCGACAUGCAGAAUCUCAAAUUGCAGUACGAGAGCGAGCUGAGGGCGGCUCGAGCGCAGAUCGCCGACGCUGAGAUGGCGCGUACGCAGUUGCAAUGCGACCUCUCGUGCACGCAGCUUGAGCUGCAAACCAAGGACGUGCACCUCGAGUUCGAAAAGGAGCGCUGUGAGGCGCAGCUCGCGCAUAUCGCGGAGCUCGAAGCGGGGUAUAUGCACCAGCACGACGAGGCGGAGGCCCGCGUCAGGCAACUGGAUGAGGUUGCCGCCGAGGCGAUCCGCAUGCACGAUGAGGCGGAUACGCGUGCGCUGGAGGCCGAGGCAUUGCGCACGGAGCUGACGCGCGUAGAGGCUGGGAUCAAUGACCGCGAGGCAGAGCUGAGGAGAGCACUUGCUGCGCGUGAGGCAGAGGCCGCGGAAGCAGAGGCGAGAGAACGUAAACUGGAGGCAAGGGUUGGCGAAAUGAACGCUGAGAUAGAACGGCUGAACAAGGAUGCUGAGAGCGCACGGGGUGAGGCGCGGAUGCUUGCCGAUCAGUUGCAGUUGCAGUUACAGUCGCAGGAUGCACAGAAACAUGUCGACAUGGAUACUUCAGAAGCCACAGAAGAACCCGAUCAGCGAUCGGACGCCAUGAUGAAGAACCUCAGCCGUUAUUAUGACUUGUCAUCUCCGUGGGCUCCGAGAGAACAGCCGGGUAGUAUUUACGUAGAACGCUCGACCGACGAUAUUAUUGAGCUGUGUGAAGUCAACAAUUCUAUUCAGUCCCCGACUGAAGCCGAGGAGACUGGAGCCGGUGAGACUGAAGCGGAGCAAAGUGUAGUUGCC